AUGAUAUCAAGGAUUUUUCCAUUAACACGAUGUUCGUACAGUUCAACAACAACAGCGAUCGGUCCCUUCUACGAUAUCAUCAUAAUUGGUGGUGGAAUGGUUGGUAAUGCGAUGGCUUGCUCUUUAGGAUUGAACGAUUAUUUCAAAUCGAAAAAGAUACUUGUAAUAGAUUCAGCAGAAAUUAAAGCACCGACAAAAGAUUCACCAUAUGGAAAUCGAGUUACUGCAGUGUCACCUCCGUCUAUAUUACUUUUCCAAAAAUUGGGAAUUUGGAAUGAUCUUGUGAAUCUGAGAGUGAAACGAGUCGAUAGACUUCAGGUUCUUGAUAGCUGCUCGCAGUCAUCGAUACGAUUUGCACAACCAGAUCCAACUAACGAAGUCGCGUAUAUGAUUGAAAACCAUGCAAUUGUCGGGUUUCUUUCAAAUCGUAUCAAAGCAAGCUGUCCAAAUGUCACAGUUAGGACGAAAGCAAAAGUGAUUGAUUGUAGCACUCCUUCUGGUUUAGAUAAAUUUGCUACAGUUGCACUGGAUGAUGGAACCAAAUUGCAAACUUCUCUUAUUAUUGGUGCCGAUGGUGCUAGAAGUAUGGUAAGAGAUAUGCUUAACUUCCAGUAUACCUCAUGGGGAUAUGGACAGUCAGCAGUGGUUGCAAAUCUUCAAGUGGAAGCUGUAAGUUUUCCCAUUAAUUUGUUUGUAUGA